ACUUUCCUGAUCCAUUUGAAUCACCAAGACGCUCUGACGCCCCAGCUAAUACUCCCAAGCUUAGGGUUUACACCAGAAACAGACACCCCAGUUACCCCCCGUGUCAGCGCUCAGUCGACUUUAAGCCCUCGCCACCUUCAGGGGUAACCACACAGCUUCACAGCCAUGCAGUGGUGACUGUGAGAGACUCCUUGGUCAACUCCAGCAUGAGGAAUAUCGACUCUCGACGUCACAGCUCCCCUUCUCUUUCUUCUCUUCCCCUCCAGCUGAACAGACAGAGAGGAUUGACCUCUCUACCUCAAACUUUGUCACGACCCCUCACUUCACCCCCUCCCCUCAUUCCUUCCCCUGCCAGAGACCCUGAAAAGUCCAAACAUCUCAGCAGAGAGUCGGCAAGGAACGCAGUCCAGAGAGACGAUGAAAAGGCCCGCUCGUUUUUGACAGACAGGCACAGGCUGCAGCCAAAUAGAGAGCAAGGGUUACGAGACACAGACAAGGGGAGAACAUCAAGUCGAGAUCAUGCUUCCAAGGACUCUGACAAGAACAGACAUGAACAAAAAGACUCUGACAAGGGCCAAAUAUCAGCCAAAGAGCCAGAAAAAAGACGAAUUACAAGUUCAGACUCGGGUCUGAAAGAAUCUGAAAGUGGAAGACCUCUUAAUAGAGAUCCUUCAAGAGAUUCUGAAAAAGGGAGGCAUGCAAACAGAGACUCUAACAAGGAGAGACAGACAAGCAGAGAACUGAGCACUAGAGACACGGAUAAAAGCAAAUCAUCGUCAAGAAAUCCUAGCUAUAAGGACGUGAACAAGUCUGGGUCUUUCAGUAGGGAUACAGCAGUGAAGGAAUCAGAGAAACACAGACCGUAUAGCAGGGAAACAGGAAAAGACUCAGGCCAGGGUAAAGAAAGACCAUCAAGUAGAGAUUCUGACAUGGGUAGACUUCCUUCUAGAGAUUCAAGUUAUAGAAGCACAGAGAGAAGCAAAGAUGCUGGCUCAGGGAGGGAUAGUCAGUCCAAGCGGACUGGAAGUGAGAGCAGGAGCCAAAGACUGGCACCUGCAGGCUCAGGGCAGUCUUCUCCUCCGGUGGGCACUGCUGUUCAUUCAGGUCAGCAGAGAAGUGGCAGCACCAAACAAGUUGAAAAGCAGAUGAAACACGAAGGCAAAGACCAGGAGGUUUCUCCAGCCCUCAGUUUGAUGCCUUGCCACCGACCUAGCCCAGCUUCAAACACCAUCUCAUUUAAGGACAAGCCCAGCUCAGGGAAGGAGAGUAGCAGUGCCACUGGAAAUAUACCGCCAUCUCCACUCCAUAAGGACUCUGCUGUUGGGAAAUCUGGCUCUCCACAGAAGUCCAGUGCACGGAAAGCAAAUGAUCUUUCAUCAGGUCUAGCUGUAACAGCAGCUGGGAAUCUGUUGUGGCCAUCGAGGACAUCAGCAGAAGACGAAGGUCUUAAACAGGGCUCCCUGCACCUGGUCUUCCCAGCUGCAGGCUCAGCUGCCAAAGACAAACACCCCAAAGUUAAAACGGCAGGCAGCAGAGAUGCAUCCAAAGACCAAGACAGGGAGAAGAACCUUCCAAACAACAACAGCAGCAGCAACAAAAUUCCACUUCUCAACAAUAACACAAAAGCUACUGGCAGCUCUAAUGCGCACGCGCCAAACUCCAGCUCUUACAACAGCAGCAGCAAAGCUCUAGUGCUCGGAAACAGCACCAAAGCCCAUGGGAAGCCUCAGGGAGGAAAGCACGAGAACCAGGGAAGUGAACGGUCAUCCAAAAAGAGCAGGGACAAUUACUCCUGUCCAGAGAGAAAGAACAGUUCCAGUCUAGACGGCUUAAGUUUAGCUCCAGAGAAAGGUGUGACAACCUCCAACCAGUCUCACACUAAACAGACAGCCAAUCAGCUCUCCCUGUCCAGAGAGAAAAGGCGAUCAUUUAAACCCUCUCCUCCAACUUCACUGAAGUCUGACACCAAGAUGGACCCUAAUGGGACCAACAUCAUUGGUGGAAUUUCGUCAUCCUCCUGUCCCACAAGCACAGCCUCUCCUGUUGGACAGGGGGCUCAUCGCUCCACCCAUGCUGCUCUUUUCUCCUCAACCUCCGCCAGCAGUAGCGAUAGCUCUGAAUCUGACACCCAGAAUCAAACGGAGGAAGACGACCUGUGUAAAGAUCACUCCCGCAGCAAGCUUAGAGACCACCACAGCCUCAUAAAUCAGAGCGCAGAGGACGAUGGCGACUGCCCCGAGGAUGAACACGACAGAAGUUUGGAAGAUAAGCAUCACAAGGAUGACAGUGACGGAUCUGGCUCAGCUAAGCGGCGUUACCCUCGACGCAGUGCCCGUGCACGAUCCAACACGUUUUUUGGCCUCACGCCUUUAUAUGGCGUUCGCUCAUACGGUGAAGAAGACCUUCCGUUUUACGGCAGCGGCGGCGGAGCAGGAGUUACAAUUAGGAAGAGGGCUGACGGCCGGAAGAAAUCAGCUGAGGGGCAGGUGGAUGGAGCGGAUGAUAUGAGCACCUCAUCUUCAUCAGGGGACAGUGGAGAGGAUGAAGAUAGUGGAUUUAAAAACAGGAGUAAAGAUUCUUACUACUACAACUUCACACGAACAAUAAUUAACCCCGGUGAGGGUCUUCCAUCUAUUGAAGGGUUGGAUCACUGCCUUGGAAGAGGAUCCCAGCUUCAGCGCUUUCUAAAAGAUGAGGAGCAGCAGCAACAGAGGACUCAAGAAAAAGCUGAAGAAGACAUGCUGAGUACCUUGACUUUAGGCAAGCAGCGUAUCAGCCAGCUGGACGGCGUUGAUGACGGCUCAGAGAGCGAUACCAGCAUCUGUACCACCAGUACCACGUCCACGACGGCCACCUCAUCUGCCACUCCACAUAAGAGCGCUCCUAAGAGGAGAGGCAGAGAGAGGCACACAGACAAAACCGACUCCCAUGAUUCAAGCAAAGAGGCCGACAACAGCGGUGGAGCGGGAAGUGGCAACGCACGAGAAAGCAGAAAGAACCAGAAAGAAAACUGUCUUCCUCUUGGGGGCGGAGUCAAACCACAGAGUCAGGGUCAGGAUCCUCUAGAGGCUCAGCUGUCUCUCAGCACAGACCUGCUCAAAUCAGACUCUGACAACAACAACAGUGAUGACUGUGGGAAUAUUUUGCCCUCGGAUAUCAUGGAGUUUGUUUUAAACACGCCUUCCAUGUCAUUGCCAGCUCUAGGUCAGCAAUCUGAGCCGUCGUCCUCAGAGCUGCUGCUGGAUGAGAGCUAUGUUGGAGUGGAUGUAAACAGGAGGAAAGACAUUCUUUUCGAGGACUUCUCCCAGCCUCUGCCCAGUGCUGAAAGUGGAGGGGUCGUAGAGAGCAGUGUAAAUAGCUCCAUCUCGGUAGAAGAGCCGUAUCUUCCUCUUGAGCUGCCCUCUGACCUCUCUGUCCUGACGACACGCAGCCCAGCUGUCAGCACAAGUCAAAACCACGCUGCUGGAAGUCUCAUCUCAAAUACCUCAGAUCACACUAUUCUAGGCUUGAACUCUGACCCAGAGAGCAUCAGUGGGGACAAAAGUGGAGACAAAAAAGUAACAGGGCCUGGUGUGUCUCCAUCAGAGAAUCGGCUUGAUGGUACAACUUUGGGAAACAGGGACACACAGGUCUCAGAAGGUCACAUGACUCCAGAGCAGUUUAUUUCCAGCCCUGCCAUUGGUCAAGUGGUUGAACCUCCUGCUAACCAGGAUGCAAAUAGGAGUUCUGGUACUUCAGGUUUGCCAAGUUCUUCCUCUGUGCCUCUUCAGAGUCAGAAGUAUCUUCCAGCAGCGGCUGCAGGCAGUCCCAGUCCAGUUAUUGGUUCUGGACCUUCCCAGGCUCAGGUUUCCAGCCCAGCAGUCAUCAAACCAGGUCCCGACAAGCUCAUCGUGGUCAAUCAGCAGUUCCAGCCGCUGUAUGUCCUUCAAACAGUCCCCAAUGGGGUCACACAGAAAAUCAGUGCAACAGGAGUGAUGGACACUUCCUCUCCAGCAGUGCUGAGUUCAAUGACUCUUACGUCUGGAUUAAAUGCUAGUUUAUCUUCAGCCCAGCCAAUAUUUUCUGCUGGUGGCAAAGUCCUAGGGACCAUACCUCACCCCUCUCAUAUUCACACCUUCACAGGAUCCACCCAGGCAGGUUACCAGACUGGAAUCCCCAGCACCACCUCUGGGCUGCUCAUUGGUCUGCCCUCUCAGCCCCACGAGCAGUCCCAGAUUCUGGUCUCAGAGGCUGGUAAACCGCAGGAGUUGGGACCUGGUGUGGCCAUCGUUUCCAGUCCCUCCUCCCUCACUCCUUCUCCUGCCAUACUCUCUUCCGCGCACGGCAAGAAGAGGGCUAUCUCUCGUCUGCCAAGAAAAAGCAAAAAAGUGGCUCGAUCCCGCAGCCAGCCCACUCUGGCCCCCUCUGAAUUAAGCCCCCCUAACAUGACUCUUAUCAACCUGUCUUCCCCACAGAUUGCUGCAAGUAUUCCUGGUCAACCAGGUGGUCUGGUUGAGUUAGGCACACUCUCUGCCUCCCAACGCAAAGUUCCCAAUAUUAUCAAGAGAACAAAGUCUGGUGGGGUUAUGUACUUAGAUCCAGCCACUCUUCUGCAGCAACGACUUUCUGGUCCUGCCCAGCCCGGCAUCCUGAAUCAUGAUUCCUCUACUCACCUUCUACCCUGCUCCGUCUCUGGUCUCAACCCCAGCCCGUCGGUGUUGAAUGUUGUGUCUGUUCCUCCCAGUGGUUCUGCUGGUCUUCUUGCUCCAGGAUCAGUGUCGCUCUCCACCUCUGUGCUGAGCUCUGCUGACAUCACUGGCCCAAUUAGUAACCUCCUUUUUAAAGCCAAUCCACAUGGUUUGGGCCUGUCAGAUCAGCCACUGGUCCUCCAGUCAGCAGGGGGAGCUCCUCUGAUGUCACAGCUCAGCUCCUCUGUUCAGACAUCCAUAGCCAGCAGUAUCUGUGUCCUACCCACCCAACAGACUAUCAGCAUGGCUGUCAACCAACAUGGCGAGACAGAGUGCAGGAAUGUCCACUUACAGCAUCAGUCUCGGCCUGUUAGCAGUGUUCAGGCUGUGGACUCCAAUCCUAAUGUUACUUUAUCUCCCAGUCCAUCCACCCCUCUAAGAGGUGCUAAAGGACGUUUUGUUGGAGUGCUCGCACAAAAACAGACCUUUGCACAUUCCCAGAGCAGCAGGACAACACCUAUUUCCAUAUCAUCAGAUCAAAGACCAACUAACACCGCUACAGCCGUGUCCGCCACACUUUCUUUUAUGGACAAAAGCAAAAAGAAAGUGAAGAGGGGCCGACAGACUCCAAGCAUUAACAGUGGGAAAAAGCUUAAAGCCUGUCAGGUGGAGGAUCGUCAGAGCAACACUGAAAAGCAACUCUCUCUUUCAAACCCAAGCUCCAGGGAACUGAGCUCUCCUGAACCUAUGGACACUGGCAAACCAUCAGAAAAGGCAACCAACAAGAGCGUCAUAGGUAAAAAGAAAACUCCUGAAGGUCAUGCAUUACCAGAGCAAAUGGUAGGAAAGGACAAGCCGUCUGCAGCUGGAGAAGCUGGAUCUAUUCCAGCUGCAUUACCGCCUGACCAGGACGGCAACAGCAGGGAUUCUGGCUUAGACAGCAAACCCAAAAAGGGCAUCAUCUUUGAAAUCUGCAGUGAGGACGGCUUCCACAUUCGCUGUGAGAGUAUUGAAGAGGCCUGGAAGUCCCUGACUGACAAGGUGAAGGAGGCUCGUUCCAAUGCACAACUCAAAGAGCUUUCUUUUGAAGGUGUGAAUGGACUGAGGAUGCUGGGAGUCAUACAUGAAGCUGUGAUCUUCCUGCUCGAGCAGCUGAACGGAUCCAGGCACUGCCGGAGCUACCGUUUCCGCUUCCACAAACCAGAGGAAGCUGACGAGCCCCCUCUCAACCCCCACGGCUCAGCUCGGGCAGAAAUCCACCACAGGAGGUCUGUAUUUGACAUGUUCAACUUCUUGGCCUCAAAACAUCGCCAACCACCGGAGUACAGACCACAGGAGGAAGACGACGAGGAAGGGCAGCUCAGGACUGCCAGUACUUUCACCCAGACAGCAGGAGAGGAAAAAGUCCAUGUGACGGACGAGACAGAUCCUCCACAAUGCUGA